AUGCCUUUGAUUCAGAGCUCACAAGAUUACUUACCUUGUGAGUAUGCUCCUCCGUAUGAUAAAUCACAUGCGCUGACCAACACGACAGAUAUCGACGCAGCGCCGUCAGAGCAGGAGCUCAGUUCAGCACGCGCUGCCAUCCAAGCCGAACUGCCUCAAGACCACAAGACGACACUUCACCCCUCGAUACCCGAGCGUACACCCAUCAAAUUCAGCGACCUUGUGAAGGCCGAGCACGACCGUCUAGCUUCAGGAGCAGAGAAAGAGGCUGGAAUCGACCUGUCACGAUACGAAGCCCAGGAUGCCCCUCCGACAAACGACACGGAACAAUGGCGCGCAACCCUCCAACAAGCCUACGCUUCGUCUGAAUACCUAGAAUCGCGUCAAGUCAACCUGUCACUACUGGAAACGUACGGCAAGAACGCCUGGUUGAUAUCCAACGACCAACUCGAAGCAAUUCUACGCGCCGCCGAGCGCGAAGUCUCGCAAAGGAAGAUCGAGCUGGAGGACAUUGACAAGGCAAGAAGAGACGGCCAGAACGCUCGCAAGGGCGAGUUGGAAGCUCUGGAGCAACAGUGGAAGAUUGGCGUGGGCCAGAUGAUCGAGGUUGAGGUUGCUGCCGAGAAGCUCCGGCUUGAGAUCCUGGACAAGAAAAGAGCUGGUGCAAGAUGA